CGUCCAUUCUCGAAUAUUGCAUUUUCAUUCAUGUCGUGUCAAUGACAAUAACAGUCGGUGUGUUGGCCUUACAAGGCGCGUUCCUGGAGCACCUGGUCCUACUGAAACGAGCCGCGCAGUAUCUACAAAGUCAAGGAAUUACAGAAUCAUUCGAAUUCACGGAAGUCAGGAAUGUCGACCAAUUGGCACAAUGUGAUGCUCUGAUAAUACCUGGUGGAGAAAGUACCACCAUCUCCUUGGUCGCUGCACAAUCUGGCCUGCUCGAGCCUCUACGGGAAUUUGUUAAGGUCGACCGCAAACCGACGUGGGGAACAUGUGCUGGACUGAUUCUCUUGUCUGAAGCAGCAAAUGCCACCAAGAAAGGAGGUCAGGAACUGAUCGGUGGCCUGGAUGUUCGAGUAAACCGCAAUCACUUCGGUAGACAGGUCGAAAGUUUUCAGGCAGACAUAGAUCUGCCGUUCUUGAAGUCCGAUGAAUCCGUAUCCGACGAUCCCUUCCCAGGUGUCUUUAUCCGAGCACCUGUUGUGGAGAAGUUCCUGCCCCAUGUUGAAGGCAUCCAGCUAGGAGAGCAGCAAGUCGCCCAGACUGUUGUCGCACCAGCAAAGUCUGCCAAAGACAACCAGGCACGAGGAGCAAUGAGCUCUCACGUCGACAUUAUGGGUAUAUUACCGGGCCGGCUGAAGAAGGCUGCGGCAAUGGGAGCUGCAGUAGAUGCUGGAGAAGAGGUCGGCGAUAUCAUUGCAGUCAGGCAAGGCAACGUGUUCGGGACGAGCUUUCACCCUGAGCUGACCUCCGAUAUCCGGAUACAUGUUUGGUGGUUGAAGCAAGUAUUAGGCGCCAUUGAUAAAAGAGCCGCAUCUUCGUCAUAGGCAUUUCUCGAGGUCGCCCUCGUCUGAAGGAUCCGAAUGCCAGAAUUCAAGAAGGGAUAUAUACAGCAAAUAGAGUCAGACCUGUCAGAUCA